CCAUCAGAACAGAUUUGGAACCAUAGCUUUCAAACAAAAACACCCUCAAACACACAGGCUGAAACUGUUCUUUUGAAUUCAUUACUUUGAGAUAUCUUCAGAUCAUGAUGAAAUUCUCUAAGAAGAACCAAGCCAGCCCUCUGCACAAGGUCCUGACCGAAACAUUGUGUCGAUUUUUUUCAUUUCAGAUUGUGCAGAAGAGGAAGAGGGAAGCAAAAGGGCAGGAUGAUUCUGGUGAACUAACAAAACCUAAGAAAAAGCGUUUGACUGACCUCCAGCAGCAACUGUCUGAUGAAACAACUGUGAGAAAGAGGAAGAAGAGGGAAGUGCAGGAUGAUGCCAUUAAACUUAAGAAAUAUCUGAAAUCGUGCACCAGGCCCAGUGGCAAAAAUAUUGCAAAGAGGAGGAAAAUCCAAUCAGCACAGGAGAAAGAGCUGCAAAAACUGAGGCCACAUCUGGAAACGCGUUUCAUUGUGAAUGCCGCAGAGAUUCCUGAAUUCCGUCCCCGACCUGCCUCAUUUGCCGCUGCUGCCCCAGGGCCAAGCUUUGUCAGCGAGUCACUGACGGAUUUGCCUGUUACGAUCCAUGGUCUAAGCAUUCCAGAGUACCAAAGUGUUUAUCACUCAGUGGUGGAUCCAAAGCUAGUGACGUCCACCGGACAGCCAGGCUGCUACUCCUUGGCUCUUGGCCGCUACAUCAAGCAGCAACUCUGGGACAAGCUCAGCUGUCCCUCCGUGAUGGAGGAGGAGCAGGUACAGGAUGGUGAGCAGGUGCACUAUAUUGAGAAAUUCGGCACACAAGCACUGACAAACUUUGCUCCUCAAAUCGACUUGGACAUCAAUGAAGGUUGAAGGGAGAGCAAAAGGGAAAGCAAAACCAUGUUAUUGAAGGAAGGAGAAAGAGGUAUAAACUGCUUUGACGUGCCAGAUCUACAGUGUUCGUCCUGAACACCCUUAUACCUGUCAUCUGGUGUCACCCAGAAGUAGGGUCAUUCUGUUUGGAGUCACAAGUUUCCCUCUCAAAUACUUAAGUCUGUACAAAAUUAUUUUAAUUUUAUGACUUUUUUUUAUUACUUUUUAUUAUUUAAAAAAAGCACUCACUGUAAAAAAAAAUCAAAUAAAAUGAUUUAUUGUGCACUUCCUGUUUGCUUCUUCGUUGACAGUUCCGGCUGAAGAACUAGAUAAACACACACAUACCGUCUACAUCACGUCUAUACAAGCUCUGGCCACACACAAAAGCUUGCAACCUUUUUAGUCUACAGGUUUUUAAUCAUGUUAAGUAAAACAAAGUAAAAACAAAAAUGAAAACAAUGUUUUUUGUCUUAUUUCCCUAGUUUUCUCCUUUUACAUUUAAUCCGACCCAAUAGACCACGAGUACGCAGCGAUCAUGAGGCAUCUGCAGCGGAAAAACACAAAAAACGCUGAUUAAUUAAUAAUUUUCUUAAAAAAGCUAUUGGCUAACUAGCUAGCUAGUGCUUACUAGCUAUGAUGCUAAUUACCACUCGAGUGGCUGAAACCUCCAUCAACUACCGCUCUUUAUUUACAAAGAACUAAUUUUAUUGAUGUAAUAUUAUGUUUACUUUGUUUGUACAUGCUGUUUAAUUCUUGAAAGUUAUG